UGCCAAUCACAACACACUGGCCCAGCUAACCAAUCACAACACAUUUUGUAUUUCAGAAGGCGGGCCUUCAUUUGAUACAAGAACUAUUUGAGCUGUUCAUGUCAGACUGGGAGAGAGGUGUUGUAAUAAUGUAAAAUUUGUGAAAAAUUAUGUGUUUUUCGAACAACCUAGGAUGAGAGCCUGUUCUAGUACACCCCAAAACAAAAUCAAGACUUUGUAAAAGAGCAUAAUAGGACCCCUUUAAGUAGAGAUGCACUGAUUGCAAUUUUCUUGGCUGAUAACGUUUUUUUGUAAGACUGACCUGCCGACACUGAUUUUCUUUCUAAGAACUGUAAUUGACAGCAUAUAUAUAUAUAUGUGUGUGUGUGUGUAAAAAAAAAAUUUGCUUAAUAAAAUAAAUUAUUGAACAUUACAGUUCCCCCAAUCUGGACUAAGUUACAGAUGUCUCUCACAUAAACAGCUCUCAAAAUAAAGUGCUCUGUGACUGAAAUGAGUUGCUGUAUAUAACAAAACAGAUGAUAUUUCCCACUGUUUGUAAAAGGUCCUUUUUUCCCCUAACCUUAUAAAAUGUGUUAUUUUUUACAUCAAAUUCUUACAUUGUUUCAAUUUAUUCACUUAGAAUAAUGAGACUGUAGAGUUGUUGUCAUUCAAGUGGAAUCAGUAUCAACAAACUCCAUCUUUCUACUGCAGGAAACGGAAGCUGCAUCUGAAGUGGCAUUAGAUGUAUUUACACAGACUGUUUGAUGAAGCUGAGUGAUACCUAUCCUAAAUCCCGUAUGCCUCGAGCCCUGAGCUACCCUGAUAACCAUCAAGAGUUCCCUGAGUACGAUAUACCAGUGUUUGAAAAAACAGGGAAGGGAGGAACCUAUCCUAGGCGAUUUCCCAUCUCGUUUGGUCUGCACGACUACAGCGAUGGGCGAAAGACCUUUCCCAGGGCGCGGCGGACUCAGGCUCAUGGUUUUCGUUCUCCAGUGAGUUUCAGUCCAACAGAGCAGCAGAGCCCCAGUACUAGCAGUGGGAGCAGCAUCUUCACUCCUGAGCUAGAGGAACCAGGGCGCAGACGCCGCGGCAGCGACAUAGAGCCCAGCUCUAACCCCACUCUCUCAGUCAUGGACAUCAGCCCUCCAAGCCGCUCCCCUCGGGCUCCCACAAACUGGCGUCUAGGGAAGCUUUUGGGGCAAGGAGCAUUCGGGCGAGUGUUUUUAUGCUACGAUGCUGACACUGGCAGAGAACUGGCUGUUAAACAGGUGCAGUUUGACCCGGAUAGCCCAGAAACCAGCAAGGAGGUGAGCGCUCUGGAGUGUGAAAUUCAGCUGCUGAAAAAUCUAUUCCAUGAGCGCAUAGUUCAGUACUAUGGCUGCUUGCGGGACACACAUGAAAGAACUCUUUCCAUUUUUAUGGAGUACAUGCCUGGGGGCUCCAUUAAAGACCAGCUGAAGUCUUAUGGUGCUCUGACGGAGAACGUCACACGUAAAUAUACACGGCAGAUACUAGAAGGCGUGUGCUACCUGCAUAGUAACAUGAUCGUCCAUAGAGAUAUCAAAGGUGCCAAUAUCCUUCGGGACUCCGCAGGAAAUGUGAAGCUGGGUGACUUUGGAGCGAGUCGGCGGCUCCAGACCAUCUGCCUGUCCGGAACGGGCAUUAAGUCAGUGACAGGUACACCUUACUGGAUGAGCCCAGAGGUCAUCAGCGGAGAGGGGUAUGGCAGGAAAGCUGAUAUCUGGAGCAUCGGCUGCACCGUGGUGGAGAUGUUGACUCAGCGGCCACCCUGGGCGGAGUACGAAGCAAUGGCAGCCAUUUUUAAAAUCGCCACACAGCCCACCAACCCCACUCUGCCACCUCACGUGUCGGACCACUGCCGCGAUUUCCUUAAACGGAUUUUUGUGGAGACUAAACAGCGUCCAGCUGCUGAGGACCUAUUACGGCACACUUUCGUCCACUAGCCACUCCCCCUUCCAUCUCUGACCAAUCAGAGACUUCCAAAAGUGUCCGUAGGACCAUCCAUUUUUCAGACUCAUCCCAGCAGGCCUACGAGCCCCUACUCGGAUCAGAGCGCAUAGUGAAGAGGGCAGUGGCCUGAUCUCACACCUCUGCUGGAGCAGGAGGGUUGAUUUGGAGCAGCUUGAUUCCAUAUGAAAACAUUGCACCUUAAUUUCACUCAGGGGUAAGUACCCCUAAAGACUAAACAGAUAUCGGCACCCCAAAAAAACUUGAGGAUGUUGUCUUUUAAGGCUUUCUUUUAUUAAUUUUUAAUGUUUUGAUAUCCCCCAAAAUUGUGGAGAGUCUUUGCUCUGGGUAGUCCAGUUGGGCUCUAGAUGCAAGAAGAUCUUGGAAUGUCAACCCCAGAACAAGGCAGGUACACCAAGACGCUGCUAAAGGGUAAAAGAAAAAAAUGAAACAGAAUAGAUGACAGGAUGCAUGGGACUCUCCAGGCCGGCUGUCAUGGCUUCUAAAAGUUCUCAUUUUCUUGCACAGUCCUCCUAGAACAUACACACACAAGUACAUGAACUGUGAUGGAAGAUCUCACUGUAGAAUAUUUACUCACUAUGCUGUACAAACAUUUGCGUUUGCUGAACUCUCUCUCACCUUCUGAUCGCAACCACAUAACGGAGUGUAUUCGCUCUUUCUAGCUCUAGAAUUCGUCAGGAUCUUGUACCUGUUUCUGCUUGGUUUCAGUUUUUACUGUGUGCCUUUUUAUGACGUCUCCUUCCUCUUUUUUUUUGUAUGCUGCUCUGUCUUAAGUGUCCGAUCAUUUUUCUAGAAUUUUAUAAGUUUAAUGCACAGCUACUCACAAGUCUUUCUGUCUGGAAUUAUUUAGGACAGUUCGGCUCUUCAUACUGUUUCUAGAUCAGCAUAAACAGCCUCUGCCUUUCCCCCUUUGGUCCCUCUGCUGGCAAACUGAUCUCGGGACAGGUUCACCUGUGCAUUCUCUUAACACAGUGCCGUACACUUCAAUCUGAUCAGGUAGGCAGGUUGAACACACUCACUCACCAAAGCGAGAAAAAAAAAAAAAAAAAAAACCCAGACCACACAGGCAGGGUUUAGUGCCUGGACAUUUUACAGUAAGAAUCACUCUGAUUCCAGUAUAAAU